UGGGAACGUCGAUACGAAGAAUUGUGUGCGUUUCACGCCGUAAACGGUCACUGCAAGGUCCCGCCCAGUGUUCCACACUUGGGUGUAUGGGUCCGUAACCAGCGUCGAGAAUACCGACGUCUCGAGCUCGAUCAAGAUUCCACCUUGACUCAACAACGUCUCGAUCGAUUGUACGCACUGGGAUUUGAAUGGUGUACGUCUCAUUCCACAAAAUGGGAAUCACGGUAUCAAGAGUUGGAAACCUUUUAUCGGGAACAUGGUCACUCUAACGUUCCGGAAGAUUAUCAAGGCAAUGUUUCUCUCGGUCAGUGGUGCAUGAACCAACGCACCGCCUACCGACGCUACGCCAAUGGCGAACCCACCGCCUUGACCGCUGAGCGUAUCGAGUUGUUGGAGACUCUAGAGUUUCGCUGGCAUUUACGUCUCCACCAAUGGAAGUGUAUGCUGGAGCGCUUGAAGCUGUACCACGACGCACAUGGACAUGUGGCCAUUCCAACCAGCGAC